UAUUUUCAAGUAGCGGGCGGCGAAAGAAAGAUUUAUAUUGUUCGAUUUAUUUUUUGUUUGAUUUAUUGAAAGAACAAUAUAAAAUCAAAAAGUUAAUAAGACAUGACUGCUGAGAACGAACGAGAAAUUUAUCACAAGUUGGAAGCCAUGAAAGAAAUUCGGAACAAGACAAUUACCCUGGAGCGGCUAAAGCGGAGCAUCCUGAAUGAGGUCCGGAGUGGAGACCAGGAGGGCCGCUGUCUGCAGCAGUACAAGCGCGAGAUGGAGCUGCUGCAGCAGGAGAAGAUGAGCCACGUAGAGGAGCUGCGGCAGAUACAUGCAGAUAUUAAUGCUAUGGAGACAGUCAUAAAGCAGACUGAGGAGAGCAUGACCCGCAAGCUGUCGAACGCAUCGCGUCUGCACGAGGACUACCGGCCGCUGAAGGCGGAGGUGGACCUGCUGCGGCGGCAGUGCCUGGGGCUGGAGCGGCUGCCCGACCUGCACGAGGAGGAGGGCUCGCCCAUCACCCCGGACCGCUUCCCGGCGCUGCCCGGCGGGCCGCGCGGCGCGCCGCUGCCGCCGCCGGCGCCCCGCAAGCCGCCGCCGCCGCCCGCGUUCAGGUCUGCAAUAGAACAAGAUUUCCUUACCGUCUCGCUGAGACAGCAGCCGCCGCCCAUGAAGUCGUGCCUGUCGUGCCACCAGCAGAUCCACCGCAACGCGCCCAUCUGCCCGCUCUGCAAGGCCAAAAGCCGCUCGAGGAACCCCAAGAAGCCCAAGAAGAAAUAGUCACGUGGAGAGAUAGAGCGCACUCGCAUUAUAUAGUUUGUAAUGUUUUAAUUUGGUUAGAUGCGAAAAGUUAAUUGUUGUCAGUCCGGCACAAAUACAAAUUAGAAAUUCCUUUCUUACGACAACAGCUGAGUAACAAAUAAUAAGUUUGUGACCUGUAUUCCAUUGACCAAACAAUGAAUCAUCGCAAAUGUAAUGUUAUUCAUUCAAUUGUUUAAACUCGAGCAACUGAUGUGUAUUGAUUGAGUCAUUGUAUGUAUCACUGUUUGAAAUCCAAUAUUUUAUUUAUAUUAUUAACUAGAGGCCGCCCGCGACUUCGUCCGCUUUAAAACCCUAUCAUAACGUAACAAUCAAUCCCGCGGGAACUCCGGGAUAAAAAGUAGCCUUUGUGUUAUUCUGGAUCUUCAGCUACCUACAUACCAAAUUUCAUCGUUAUCGGUUCAGUAGUUUUUGCGUGAAAGAGUAACAAA